AUGGUCAAGAAAGUAAAAAAUGAUGAGAUCAAUUACACAGGGCAAAUCGGUAAGACUCUGCGGUAUUUGUGUCACUUUCCCAAAACAAAUGCCCAUUUGACCCUUCCACUUUGAAGUACUGCAAUAGCUGUAUGGGACAAAUCUCAUCGUGUUUGCUGUAACGUACCUCAGUCACAUCCAACCCGGCUUCCCAUCCAAGCCGUUGCUGGAGACACAUGAAGUCGCCAUAGUAUCCCGGCUGUCGAAUUUAUCGGACAACCAUGUGACGCAUUCCUGGUUCAAACAGUGCCCGAAGUAAAGGCCGGUGUUGAAAUAUUGUUAAAGCCGACUCCCCCUCAGUCUACGAUGACUUUAUUUUGAGAAUUGUCUGGUUGAUAGGAAAGUGGCUUUGAAAAAAUGUAUGUUCAAGAUAACAGACGAGCCAACGAUGAUGUAGUUUGAGUUCAUAGGUUCGCGCACUCCCUAAUGUUUGGGCUAUCAAAAACGUAUCAGAUAUGUCCCUUCCAGUUGCCAAUUCAAAGACGACUUCUCCCCAGCCCAAAACCCGAAUAGGGACCAUCUGGGGAAAUCAGACCAAUUCGUCACCAUAUCGCUGUGUAUACAGAAAAAGACACCAUUUCGAUGAGAGGUUACAGACUCUAAACCUACAAAUCAAACACAUUACUUCACUGACACAUUAUUUUGCCGGCAUUUCGGCAACCGCAAACAUGUGUUAGCUAACCUGAAUUUUCAAGUGUAACAUGGGAAUAUUCGUACAACCUUAUUUCAUACUUGCCACUUAACAAACCUAUCAACGCAAUGCGUGAGCACACAUCGAACUAGUAUCGUCAAAUUCGCAUUCAUCAGACAGUUAUACAGGCAGGUUGGCGAUUUAGCUAUGGGCAGUCCGUUUGGACUAGAUAUACCAGGGCUCGAUCGGAAAUUGUUGAAAUACCUAAAGUAAACCCCAUUUUUACAGAAGACAUAUGGACAUUUUUCUUCCCUAGAAGCUAGCCCGAGACAUAUAGCUUCGUCGGUCACUGUCGAAAACAGUUGACGGCCGAUGAUCAGGUUCAUGACCGGAUUUGAAGAAAACGGCAAGCUAGCCUCCCUUGAUGUUCUCAAACAUGGGCGUGCAGAUGGAUCCAUUCAGAGGGCAGCCUACCGGAAAACUAGCUAAAAAUGACUAUGCAUGCACUUAACGAGUUCCGUUAAAUUCAAAGAAGGCGGUAGUUUGCUUAAUGCCGCUUUAACCGCGGAAUGCAAAUAUUCCUGCCGAGACGAUGGAGGAGGAGACCAAUUUUUACCAGGACACUCCUAUUCAGAGUAACGUGAGAAUGACACCCACCCCUGAGGCCUAAUUGCAGGAUGACCCAUCUAGAGCUCCGUGUCUCUCCUAAUGGCCUAAAGUAUUUCAGUGGUUUCAUUUCGAUACAUUAUAUUGAUCACCGGGUCUGCCGCAGAGACUCGGAUGAAAGCGCUCUUGAGUAAUUUCUAAGGCUCUGCUGGCCUGUUCAUGUGUACCUCAUAGCCGCAACCGCUUCUGUGUUCCUCUAGCGGGCUUGCGCGUAUGCCUGAUAAAACAAGAGGAGGAAUCAUUCGUCGGGCCAGUUGGACCAGCACAAGGAUGGUUACUAGGUGACAUCUCUGGUUGCAAUUAUGCCGGGGUCCUGAUGCGGAGACGUGGUUUAGCGGGUCACGAGGCCGGAUGGGAAGUGGGACCGACGUCACACGCAAGACAGGACCUCAAGUGAGUCUCCUGGCCCUUAACGCCCCGCAUAACGCAGGGCCGUCCACGUAACCCUAGUUACCAGCUCUAAGGCUAUUCCAAUGGUCGCUGGUGGACGUAGGCCCAUGGGGUAGACAGCACUAGAGUUACAACUAAGAUUUGAUUGGCUCGCGCUGAAUGAAUGUCAUCAGAGGAGUAUGGGGACUGACGAGUGAGUCAUCACCCAGUGCGAUCGUUGCGUCCAACCCCGGGAAAGCAGGGCUUUUACAAGAGGCGGUGGAAACUAAAGCCAACCAUCCCCACCCUCCUACCCCCCCCCUGGGUCGCAGCGCAGACAUAUGUUGUGUGGCAUACACGAAAGGACACUUCCACAACCCACCGCCCCUUAGCAUUUUAAAAGCGAGGUCUCGCUUGUCCUCCUGGUAGGUGCGAGAGGGGUAUUGCGUGGGUUACAGGUCAAUCAGCCCGCCUUUCCUAAGGAGGUAACCAAGGCAUAAAAUCUCUCAGCUGCCAGAAGCUGUUUAGAGGGCUAACAACAACGUAAACAGGACUAUAAGCUUGAACAGCAACAUGAAUAACAGCAACGACAGCGACUACUACUACUACUACUACUACUACUACUACUACUACUACUGCUGCUGCUGCUGCUGCUGCUGCUGCUGCUGCUGCUGCUGCUGCUGCUGCUGCUGCUGCUGCUGCUGCUGCUGCUGCUGCUGCUGCUGCUGCUGCUGCUGCUGCCGCCGCCGCCGCCGCCGCCGCCGCCGCCGCCGCCGCUGCUAAUGUUGCUGUCUUAGGCCGCCUGCCUUCUCCCACACAUAGCAGGCGACAAACCCACACCCUGCUUAAAAAAACUCCGACAAGUCGUUAG